ACUUUUGCUCUCUUAAUCCAUCAGUAUUUAAUAGUUUUUUUUUCAAAUUUUAUGCAAAUACACAGUAGGAAACAAAAACCAAAAAAGACGACAACCAAAAAAGAAAAGAAAUAAAAAAAUAUUGGAAAAAACACUAAAUUUUAAGAGAUUAGAAAAUAAUAAAAUAAGUUAAAAUUAAAAUUGCAGUAGAAUUAAGUAUGUCAGCGAGUAAUACGGAUACCGGUGAUACGGUAAAAAUAACAACAACAGAACUACAACAAAAUAUGGACAACAAUGUACUAACCGAAGGACAGUUAGCCAUACAAAUGAGCCAAAAAGAUGAACCAGCACCACGUGAAGCUUUGAUAACAACUGCUGUUAAUUUUCUUAACAAUGCCAAAGUACGCCAUACUACAUUGUUGCAAAAACAACAGUUUCUAAGGUCCAAAGGUCUUACAUCGACCGAAAUACAAAUGGCCUGUGAAAGGGCAGGGGUAUUUAGUCAAGAUCCCAAUGCACCUACAGUCAUAAAUAUGGGCAUAAAUGCUACCCAAACACAUGCUCAAUUGGCUUUGCAGCAGCCUAAGCCUACAGCUUUGCAGCGUCUCAAGGAAGUUUUACAUUCCAUGGCUUUGUUAGGGGGAGUAGCUUAUGCCAUAUUUAUGUUUUGGAAGAAAUUCCUGCAAACCUUUUUGUUUGGUGGCAAAAAGAAGAAAUCCGUGGAUGAUGCUCUAAACGAAAUCGAUAAAAAGGUCGAUACUCGCCUGGUAGAGGUUAAAACAGAACUGACACAGGUCAAGGAAAGCUUGGCCCGCGAACAACGCGAUCAAACUCAACAAUUUAUGCGUGAAUUUAAUCAAUUUAAAAGUGAUCUAGAGGCUAUUAAGGGAUUACUCUUAAAUCGCAAACAAUUCCCCUCACCUUUGACAGCCACUGUGGGAGCACCCUCUAUACCAGCUUGGCAAUUGUCUUCUUCCUCCCCUAGGCGUAUUUUACGCAAUAGCCAAUCGGAUGAUAAUGAAAUAGCUAAUGAUACUGGUUCUGGUUCGGGUUCAUCGGAAACAGAGGUCGUUACCAAAAACAGUGAUUCCAGUUUAGAAAUUAUGUAAAAUCCAGAAAAAAAAGCUUUAUGCCUUUUAAGCUUUUUAUAAGUCAUAAACAUAUAGUAAAGAUUAUAAUUGAAAGAAAAAGAAACUAACAAGAAAAAAACCUUAAGCCAUUAGCAUCCAAGCAACACUUUUUUUGGUUUAGAUUAUAUUCUUAACUAACUUUGUUGUGUUCAACUGAUAAGA